AUGAAGUUGGAUAUUGCUAGACAGCCAAAUGUCAACGACCUCCGGCCGUGCACUAGGCGAAUACUGAUGCGUGCCACCGAUGCCAGGAUGCAGUACGGCGCUGAAGUAUGUGCGGAGGCCCUGCGAAAAGAGAAUUGUCGCAUAAGCAUAGCCGCGGUACAGAAUAGGGGCGCUCUCCGAAUCGCUUGCUCCUACCGCACGGUCUCUGAGCCCGCGGUGCUAGUGGGCGCGGGAGUAAUGCCGAUCGUUCUACUAGCCCAGGAGAGACAAUUCGUCCACCAGAAAAGGUCCGCUUUGGGUAAGGAGGAGGCAUCAUGGCUCGCCAGGAAUACCAGCAUCGAGACCUGGCAAAGCAGAUGGGAACGGGAGCCUAGGGGCAGAUGGACGGCCCGACUCGUCAGUCGGCUGGACAGCUGGCUAAACCGGGAGGCGGGGGAGGUAGACUUCUACAUCACCCUAUAUUUAACAGGGCAUGGUCUGUUCUGCUCCUGCCUCGCAACAAUGAGGAAGGUUGUAGACGUUAAAUGCUACUAUGGCGACUCAACCGUAGACGACGCCCACCACACGUUCUUGAUAUGUGCACGGUGGAGCGCCGAACGAUUUUCCGUGGAGCAUUAG